AUGAGUAUCCUUUACACUGCUUGUCGCAAUGGCGCUCUAGCUACAGUAGAAACGCUCAUUCCGCGCCUUACUCUUGAUGAAAUCAAUAGAACAGAGCCGAAUGGAAGCACAAGUCUCCGUGCAGCGUCCUAUUUUAAUUAUCCACAACUUGUGCAACUUUUACUGCAGCGUGGAGCUACACGAACAGCGAUGAACAAAUAUGGAUGUACUCCGCUGGACAAAGCUGCCACUCCUCAAAUCAAAGAACUCUUUGCUGCUAUUACUUUGGAUAUAAUAACGCAUAUUGUUGCACCUGGACGCCAUGGCAUCGCUGUAUGCAAUGUUCCCGAUUACGGAAUUGAAAAAGUAGCUGAUCAUGCAAUUGCCAUGUUAUUAUCUAUUGUUCGUCAUCUUUCUGAAUAUCAUACAUCAAUGCGACAUGGAGAAUGGAAUCAUCAGGUAGCCUCUGGUACUCCUAGACUACAUGGAAAGUUACUUGGAAUUAUUGGAUGUGGUUGUAUAGUCUUAACUCAUUGUGAUAAAUUGACUAAUAACAUGAAUGUAUUUAAUCUGACAAAUUUAGUAUUAUGCCCUAAACAUGACGAGACACAACAUGUAUUAGGCUAUAUAAACAACGAUAUAGAUAUACAUUGUUCACAAACAGAAAACGAGAAAAUGUCCAUUUCAACAAAGAAAAUUAUCCUCGUUAUUGGUGGUACCGGUGCACAGGGAGCAGCCGUUAUCAAACAGUUACUUCGUCCUGAUCGAACAUCAGGUGGGCCAUCUCCAUAUACCAUCCGUCUCCUGACACGCGAUCCAUCACAUCGUAUAGUCAAAGAUGAAUUUAAAUCAUCUGAAGUUGAAAUUGUACAGGGAAACGUUAUGGAUUCCGAUAGUGUUUUCAAAGCACUAAAAAACUGUUAUGGUGUCUUUGUAAAUACAGAUGGGUUUACAAUUGGUGAACAGGCCGAAGUAUUUGCCGGUAUGUGUAUAUUUGAAUUGGCUAAACAAGUCGGAACGUUGAAGCAUUACAUCUAUUCGGGCUUGGAGUAUAUCACGAAAAAGGCUAACUAUAAUCCGAUCUAUUAUUGUGAUCAUUAUAACGGGAAAGGACGUGUUGCUGAGUGGAUGCAACAACAGCCGUCCGAUAACAAUGGAAUGGUAUGGAGUAUACUAACAACCGGACCAUACAUCGAACAGCUUCAUGGAGGCGCCUACGUUCCACAAAUACAAGAUGACGGUACACGUGUAUUCAUUGCACCGUUGGGCAAAGGACAUGUACCGAUCGUAUCUGUAGAUGAUAUUGGAUAUUUUGCGCGCUACAUCUUUGAUCAUCGAACGGAAACAAGUGGCAAAGAUUUGCAAAUUGCCUCCCAAAUGCUCGGCUGGGAUGAACUCGUCGAAAUAUUUAAACGUGUUACGAAUCUACCAGCUGUUUACAAAGAUGUUACGUUCGAUGAAUAUAUUGAUGGAGUAGGGUGGAAAGAUGCUCCGGUUGCACAAGAUGUUCCCAGAGGUAAAACAUAUGGUGAAAAUGCCCGCGCUUGGUGGCGUAUAUAUCAUGAUGAUCUCAUACAAAGAGAUAUGAAAUGGAUUGAACAGGUGAAUCCGGAACGUGUUACAGUUGAAAACUGGAUGAGACAAACAGGCUACGAUGGUACGCGAAAACCAUUAUUGAAAGAUAUGGAAGAUGGGUGGUUGACGUCAUCCAAAAAGAUCUAA